AUGCCAUACUACAGAGGAAGAACAUCGGAAAUAUGGAAUCAUUUUGAGCUGGUAGAUGGUAACAAAGCCAAAUGUGGUUACUGCAGUGUACAAUUGAGUAUUUCUGGUGGAAGCUUAAAUAAUCUCAAAAGACAUUUGACAGCAAGGCAUCCAACUGUGUCUAUAAAUAGAAAUGAAUCUGAUCAAAGAGAUACACUUAACGAACCUGAUAAUCCACAACCAAGUACCUCAACUGCAUCUAUUAGUUUACCUAACGUAGCACAGACCAGUUCAGUUUUGACUCCAAUAAUUGCUAGUGUAUCUGAUAAUUUUCAACAGCCACUUAAUCGUCCACGUAAACAAACACGACUGACUGAUUUCGUUCAACAAUCUCGACCUCUAUCAGUUACAAAAAAAAAACAGUUUGAUGAGCAACUUGCUAAAAUGAUUGUGAAGAGAUAUUAUCCAUUUGCUCUUGUUGAAGACCCUGAGUUCAAAAUAUUUUUGAAUAUGCUGAAUCCUUCAUAUGUAUUGCCAAGCAGGAAGACGGUCUCUAACAACAUAAUGCCGAGACUUUAUGAAAGUUGCAAAAACAAUGUACAAUGUUUAAUAGACUCAACUGUAGCAGUGUGUCUUACAACAGAUUGUUGGACUUCAAAUGAGAACACAAGUUUUAUGGCCACAACUGCUCAUUUUUUUGAUGUUAAUACAGAGUUGAAAUCCUUCUGUCUUGACUGUACAGAAUUUAGUGAACGACAUACAGGAGACAAUAUAAGAGCAAAACUUAUGACAAUUGUGAGCAAUUGGAACAUUACUCAUAAAGUGACAGCAAUUGUCAGUGACAAUGCAGCCAAUGUCACAAAUGCUAUCCAAAAGACAAAUUAUCGUCAGGUUUCAUGUUUUGCUCACACAUUGAAUCUGGCUGUCCAAAAUGGUCUUAAGGAUAUUUCAUCGGUCACCUUGAAAGUUAAGAGUAUAGUUGAAUACUUUAAGCGCAGUCAUCAUGCAUUGGCAAAAUUACAUGCCACUCAAGAUCAGAUGAAUAUGCCACAGCUAAAACUCAUACAAGACGUUGCCACAAGAUGGAACUCCACUUAUGACAUGUUGCAACGGUUUGUCAAAGUGAAAGACGCAAUAAACUCAACAUUGGCUGUUCUUCAAUCAAACGUUGAGAUGUUGACUCCAGAAGAAUGGGUUAUUGUUGAGAAGGCUGCAGAAGUACUUGAAAUUUUUUAUGAGGUGACAAAGGAAAUCAGUGGUGAUCAAUAUGUCACACUGUCAGUUGUCUUGAUAUUUACUGGUGUCAUUUUUGAGUCUAUGAGGAAGUAUGAACAAGAUAUAACCUUACCGAUUGAUGUAAGAACUAUGGUAUUAACCUUAAAGCAGCAGAUAACUUCUCGUCUGAAACCAUUAGAGGAUAAUGAUCUAGUUACACAGGCUGCAUUAUUAGAUCCACGGUAUAAAAAGUUGGCAUUUACAAAUAUUAGUGAACAAAAAUAUACAAAUGCUCUUAACAAAUUAAGACAAAAAGUGUGUUCUGUUCAAAUUGAAGACACACAAACACAAUAUGACAAUCCUCAACAAAUUGAUGAGCCUAGUAUUAGUAGUUCACUGUUGUGGAAAUCAUUUGAUGAACAGUACAACAGGAACAGAGCUUCGCAUAACCCACAGGCAGCUGGAAUAAUAGAAUUGGAUAAGUAUAUGAAUGAGCCAAUUUUAAAUAGACAUGAGAACCCUAUUAUCUGGUGGAAAAAUAGAAAAUCUCAAUAUCCCCGUUUAUAUAAUUUGAUGUUAAAAAGAUUAUGUAUUACAGCUACAUCAGUACCGUGUGAACGCCUGUUUAGUAAAGCUGGAAUGACAUUAACUGAACAAAGAAACCGGAUUAAACCAAGCAAAGCAUCUAAAGUGCUCUUUUUAAAUCAAAAUCUUUGA